AGAUGCUGAAAGUCAAAUGAACAAAAUACAUCAUUCAACAGGCAGAACUGCCGUAUAAAUAACAUAUUGUAGUUGUGUAAGCCUUCAUGCUGACAACCACACUAACCAGAGAUUGACCACUUGUUCAAAAUACCGCUUUUGUGACAGAUGGCUCUGUAAAACUUCUGCUCUCCUAAAAAAGGCAAUGAAUUCAUCAUUAUUAUUCAUUUAAACAUUCUAUUUAUUAUUGUUAAGUGUAUGUAUGUGUCUAUAUUAGGUAUGUAUAUCGUUUUAAACGUUUCUUCUUUCUGUUUAACAUGGUGUUACUGGGUUAGACGCGACAACAAACCACACAACACAACAAGGAAGAAGCACAAUUCAUAACCGAUCCGUACAGACUUCCAUUACUAAAAUGACGAAUAGUUCCUGCAAAAAUGUCUACGCAGUGCUAAACAGCACAGAGAAGGUGGCCAUCGGCACCAUCUGUGUGUUGAUCGCACUUCUCAGCCUCCUGGUCAAUGUGUUCAUUCUGGCUGUCAUAGGCUGCUCUAGGAACCUACGAAAACAUCCGUCAUACCUGUUUAUGGGCAACUUGGCAUUGGCAGACACUAUUGCAUGCAGCUGUUUCACCAUCAACUUCCUGGAAUUCCACCUUUCUAAACCGGGCAACUCGUUUGAGAAAACACAGUAUCUGCUUAAGCUGGGUGCCGUGACCAUGGCGUUUACAGGAUCAGUUGGAAGUCUGCUUGUGAUGGCAGCUGACCGCUAUCAUGCCAUCUACAAGGUUUCAACCUACAAGGUGCUGGUGACACGUAAAAGAGCCUUGAUGGCUAUUGUGACUUUAUGGGUUACGGCUGCCCUCAUUUCCUUCCUUCCUCUGAUGGGCUGGAAUUGUCCAACUUGUCAGUCAUGCUCCGAUCUCUUUCCAUAUGUGAAUCAUAACUACCUGGCAUUCUUUGCCAGUCUCGUGUUGGUGGUGAUCGUCCUCAUACUGGUGGCCUAUGCUCUGAUAGUGUGGAUGGCCCACAAACAUGAAGCCAAUCUGUCCGCUGAACAUCCAGAACUAGCACGCAUGCGUGUGGACAUCCAUUUGGCAAAGACUUUUAGCUGUGUUCUGCUAAUUCUGUUAGUGUGUUGGCUGCCGGUCCUUUUCUUCAUGAUGACAGAUGUAGUUACGAAAGGUCUUUCAAGAGCACAACAAAAGGCAUUUGCCUUCUGCAGUACACUAUGCCUGCUGAACUCAGGCAUCAACCCAUUGCUAUACACCCUGCGCUGUCGUGAACUACGUGCAGCGCUUAAAUCAUUAGUAGCUGGUUUAAGAAGAUGCAAUGGUUGUAGUUCACAGCUAGUGACUAAUACCAGUGUAUGAGACAUUUAACAGCAUCUGGCUACUGAACAGAAGUGUUUGCUCCCCCUAGUGUUGGUUCCUAAACAACAGCAGCUUUACU